AUGCAAAUAAAAAAAAAUGCAAUUUUGUCAAAAAAAAAUUAAAAAGGAAAUAGAAAAACAAAUGAUUUAUCAAAGAGAGUAAACAUGGAUUCAAAUUCAAUCCCAGCAAUAGCAUUACAACAAUGUCCCCAAAGCUACCAUCUUCACAACUAUUCCCUUGUCUCAUCUUAGUAACACUUUUAUCAAUCUAUCUCAUCUCUUCAUUCAUCUCUCUCUCUACACCCCCUCCUCCUUUAACCUCACAAUUACUCUCAUCCUCCAACUGUAACUUCUUCAUAGGCAACUGGGUUUUCGAUCCCAAUCACAACCCACUCUACGAUCACACAUGUCCCUUUCAUCGAAACUCAUGGAAUUGUAUCAGAAACCAGAGACAAAAUUUGAGCUUGAUCAAUUCGUGGAAAUGGGUUCCUCGUGGUUGUGAUUUGCCGAGGAUUGAUCCGUUUCGGUUUUUGGGUUUGAUGAGAAAUAAGAAUGUUGGGUUUGUUGGGGAUUCGCUUAAUGAAAAUUUUUUGGUUUCUUUUUUGUGUAUUCUUAGGGUUGCUGAUGAAGGUGCUCGUAAGUGGAAAAAAAAGGGUGCUUGGAGGGGUGCUUAUUUUCCUAAGUUUAAUGUUACUGUUGCUUAUCAUCGUGCGGUUUUGCUCUCCAAAUACCAGUGGCAGCCAAAACAAUCUGAAGCUGGGACGCAAGAUGGAUCUGAAGGUAUUCAUAGAGUUGACGUUGAUGUUCCUGCAGAUGAAUGGGCUAAAAUUGCAGGUUUCUAUGAUGUCCUGCUGUUUAAUACUGGUCACUGGUGGAAUCAUGACAAAUUCCCAAGGGAGAAACCUGUUGUCUUCUAUAAAGCAGGACAACCAAUAGUUCCUCCACUUGGGAUGUUGGAUGGACUUAAUGUUGUCCUUGGUAACAUGAUCACAUACAUAGAAAAAGAAUUUCCUAAAAACACACUUAAGUUCUGGCGUUUACAAUCCCCAAGGCACUUUUAUGGCGGAGAUUGGAAUCAAAACGGUAGUUGCUUGUUCAACAAGCCACUUGAAGAGAAUGAGCUUGACUUGUGGUUUGAUCCCAGGAACAACGGAGUUAACAAGGAAGCAAGAGAGAUGAAUUUUGUGAUUGAAAAGGCAUUACAAGGCACAGAUAUCGAAUUGGUUGACUUUACACAUUUAAGCGAGUUUAGAGCUGAUGCUCAUCCAGCAAUAUGGCUUGGAAGGAAGGAUGCAGUGGCAAUUUGGGGUCAGGAUUGCAUGCAUUGGUGUCUGCCGGGUGUCCCCGACACAUGGGUCGAUAUUUUAUCACAACUGAUCCUUGAUGGUUUUGGUAGCACUGGGUUGGCUAUAUAAAAUGGAGAAGCUGUCAAAGUAAAUCUUGCAUAUCAAACUAUACAUUGAAAUUUUCUAUUGGAGAUGUUGAGGAGCAUGCUGCCAAGUGGUGGGACAAAUAUAUGAAAAUCUUGAGUUGUACAUGAAAUGUCAAAGGUUGGUGUUGGAUGGAAGAAAACUUUGCUCGUUGACUUUUGAUGGUAGAUGCCACUGCCACCUACUAAUUUGCCCAAGCAAAAGCGGCUUCCUUUGGACUUUUUCAAUACAUAUCUUCAUAGGACCUUGUCUAUAUUAGCAUUGAAUUCUUUCAUUCAACUGUUAUUACUAUUGUAGUGUGGAAUCUUUUAUUCAAAUUUUUGAAAUUUAUUAGUGCAUUAUAGUAUUAGACCAAUAAUAAGCUUGUGAAGGAAAUUUUAAGCAAUGGGUGUGUUGACCCGUUAUUUAAUUAAACAGUCUUUUUUUGGCUGGUCAUUUCAAUUAA